CGCCUCCCCUGCCACCGCCGCCACCUCGCCUGACGCUCCGCAGCUCGCCGCGGCCGGGGGGCGGUGCGCGGACCGUGCGCGCCGGGGGCGCUAGAUGUGCCGUCGCCGCCGCCGCCAGUGACCGCGCCGCAGACCGAGCGGGAUCCGGCCGCCUCCCCGAUGCUGCGGGGGCGACCUUGAGCGCGCCCCGGCUUCCUCGGCGGGGACCCCGACACCGCGAGCGCCGUGCCCGGUCCUGCCCUCUCCAGCCCGGCUAGCCCCGCGUUCCGACAUGGAGGGGGCCGCUGCGCCCGCGCCCGGGGACGGCCCCGACUUGCGGCCGGGGGCGCCGGGCUCUUCCCCGGAGGUGGUGGCGGGGGCAGCCGCAGCCCCUGCGGUGGCGGCGGCCGCGGAGCCCAGGAAGCCGCACGGGGUGAAGCGGCAUCACCACAAGCACAACUUGAAGCACCGCUAUGAACUGCAGGAGACCCUGGGCAAAGGCACCUACGGCAAAGUCAAGAGGGCCACCGAGAGGUUUUCGGGCCGAGUGGUUGCUAUAAAAUCCAUUCGUAAGGACAAAAUUAAGGAUGAACAAGACAUGGUUCACAUCAGACGAGAGAUUGAGAUCAUGUCAUCCCUCAACCAUCCUCAUAUCAUCAGUAUUUACGAAGUGUUUGAGAACAAAGAUAAGAUUGUGAUCAUCAUGGAGUACGCGAGCAAGGGGGAGCUGUACGAUUACAUCAGCGAGAGGAGACGCCUCAGCGAGCGGGACACCAGACACUUCUUCCGCCAGAUCGUCUCCGCGGUGCACUAUUGUCACAAGAACGGUGUGGUCCACCGGGACUUGAAGCUGGAAAACAUACUGCUUGAUGACAACUGCAAUAUUAAGAUUGCUGAUUUUGGGCUUUCCAACCUGUACCAGAAGGACAAGUUCUUGCAAACAUUUUGUGGGAGCCCACUCUAUGCUUCUCCUGAGAUUGUCAAUGGGAGACCUUACCGGGGGCCCGAGGUGGACAGCUGGGCCCUGGGCGUGUUGCUUUACACUCUCGUGUAUGGAACGAUGCCCUUCGAUGGUUUCGAUCACAAAAACCUCAUUCGGCAGAUCAGCAGUGGAGAGUACCGGGAGCCCACGCAGCCCUCAGAUGCUCGAGGGCUCAUUCGGUGGAUGCUCAUGGUGAACCCCGAUCGCCGGGCCACCAUCGAGGACAUCGCCAAUCACUGGUGGGUGAACUGGGGCUAUAAGAGCAGUGUCUGUGACUGUGACGCACUGCACAGCUCCGAGUCACCGCUCCUGGCUCGCAUCAUCGACUGGCAUCACCGUUCCACGGGGCUGCAGGCUGAGGCCGAAGCUAAAAUGAAGGGCCUGGCCAAACCCGGGGCCUCGGAGGUCAUGCUGGAGCGGCAGCGGUCGCUGAAAAAGUCCAAGAAAGAGAACGACUUUGCCCAGUCCGGCCAGGACUCGGUGCCCGAAAGCGCAUCCAAGCUGAGUUCCAAGAGGCCCAAAGGGAUCCUGAAGAAGCGGAGCAACAGUGAACAUCGCUCCCACAGCACGGGCUUCAUCGAAGGCGUGGUCAGCCCUGCCUUGCCUUCUGCUUUCAAGAUGGAGCAGGACUUGUGCCGGACUGGUGUGCCCCUCCCCAGCUCCCCCGAGGCAGAGGCGCCAGGUAAACUCAGCCCCAAGCAGUCAGCCACGAUGCCCAAGAAGGGCAUCUUGAAGAAGACCCAGCAGAGAGAGUCAGGGUACUAUUCGUCCCCUGAGCGCAGCGAGUCUUCAGAGCUGUUGGACAGUAACGAUGGGCUGGGCAGCAGCAUCCCGUCCCCCAGCCCCCCAGCCCCAGCCAGGGGCACGUCUCACAGCCUCUCCUGCCGCAGGAAGGGCAUCUUGAAACACAGCAGCAAGUACUCAGCAGGGACCAUGGACCCGGCCCUCGUCAGCCCCGAAACGCCCACACUGGAAUCCUUGCUGGAGCCUGGAGUCCCUGCCGAAGGCCUCUCCCGGAGCUACAGCCGGCCCGACAGCGUCAUCAGCGACGACAGCGUCCUGUCCAGCGACUCCUUCGACUUGCUGGAUCUGCAGGAGAAUCGCCCUGCCCGACAGCGCAUCCGCAGCUGCGUCUCUGCUGAAAACUUCCUCCAGAUCCAGGACUUCGAGGGGCUCCAGAACCGGCCGCGGCCCCAGUACCUGAAGCGGUACCGGAACCGGCUGGGGGACAGCAGCUUCUCCCUCCUCGUGGACAUGGACGAUGUGACUCAGGUCUACAAGAAAGCGCUGGAGAUCUGCAACAAGCUUAACUAGCUCCCCGGGG